AUGAAUAUGCUGCGCGUUCUGUCAAACACGUUUUGGGGAGCAGGCCGUAUUGCUUUGCUGCGAAUAUACAAAGCAUUAAUACUGUCACGUAUUGACUAUGCUUGCAUGGUCUAUGGCACUGCGGUAUCUUCUCACUUAAAACGCUUGGACACAGUGCAUCAUACGGCCUUACGUAUAUGCUGCGGUGCGUUUCGCACCAGUCCAGUAGAAAGCUUGUAUGUCGUCUGCCAACAAUUACCUCUGGAUCUACGUCGCAUGCAGCUCUCUCUGACAUAUUACUAUCGUGUCAUGUCUAGUAAAUCACAUCCCUUAAGGUGUGAAGUUUCUUCAACAAGCUUGGAGAGACUGUAUGUAGCUAGACCUUCUCACGUCCGACCAUUACAUGCUCGCGUUCGUACACUCAUACAAACUUUCGACAUUUGUGAAUUACCAUCGCAAUCAGUGGAUCAUUUUCUCAUACCUCCAUGGACCAUCUCAUCCUAUCAGUUUCAUUCACCGUUUAUGAUGUACAGUAAGUCUAAUGUUACACCCAACAUUUAUCAGCAUACCUUCAUUUNUUCAUUUGAUACAGGUAUUUUGAACUUUUUAUGA